CCGCCCAUCAAGGUUAUAGACCUAUAAGUUAUAGGUAAUUAGCCACUAACACCUGUUCACCUAGUCUUCACCAUGAACACCUUCCUGUCUGUCGUGAUCCUGAGUUUGAGUCUGCCCACCUUGCUGGCGAGUCCAGACUACCGCUCGCUGUGGCAGUUCAGGGCUAUGAUCCUCUGUACCAUCCCUGACAGCUGGCCUUUACUGGAUUACGCAGACUACGGAUGCUACUGUGGAAAGGGAGGCUCGGGCACCCCGGUGGAUGAACUGGACAGGUGCUGUGAGGUGCAUGAUCAAUGUUAUUCUGACUCGUGGCAACUUGAAGACUGCUGGGGUAUCUUAGACAACCCCUACACUGAAAUCUACUCAUUCUCAUGUGACAAACAGGCAAUGAAAGUCACCUGCCAUGCUGACGCGAAUCGCCCCUGUGAGAUGUUCAUCUGUGAAUGUGACAGAAAAGCAGCCGAAUGCUUUGCACAAGCAGGUUACAACCCAGAGCACGAGCACUAUCCUAGUGAAAACUGCCAAUAAACUGAAACUCAAUAAAGGUUUGAGACUGUUCCUAAAGUCUCAUUGAAGAUGCAACAGUA